CCAUGAUUCCUACCAGUCAGUGGUAGGUCUUUCGCUCUGCUCAAUAAAGGACAAACUGCCUUCACGUCAACACAGGCUUCAGGGUGAAACUUUUCCACGAAUGUCCUCUGGUUUGCUUGUUGUCCAGAAAACCUGAAAGACUCGCGCAGCCCAGCCAGGAGAAGCCAAAUUGUCGUGGAAAUUAGAAAACACUUGCAGACUCGUCCUCUGAAGGAAAUAAGUCCCAGGACAGUGGUAUUGCAGAGAUGGAGGAGCUCCCUGUUCCUCAGCACAUUAAAAUCAGCAACAUCACUUGUGACUCCUUCAAGAUCUGCUGGGACAUGGAUUCCAGGGCCAAGGAGCGCAUCACACACUACUUUAUUGACCUUAACAAGAAAGAGAACAAGAAUGCCAACAAGUUCAAGCACAAGGAUGUACCCACUAAGCUGGUAGCAAAGGCAGUGCCUCUGCCCAUGACAGUGAGAGGCCACUGGUUUCUGAGCCCACGCACAGAGUACACUGUAGCCGUCCAGACAGCAUCCAAACAGAGUGACAGAGACUACGCCGUCUCCGAGUGGAGUGAGGUCGUGGAGUUCUGCACAGCUGAUUACUCCACGGUCCAUCUUACACAGCUGCUGGAGAAAGCGGAGGCCAUCGCAGGCAGAAUGUUGCCAUUCUCUGUGUUCUAUCGCAACCAGAACAAGGAGUACUUUGACCAUGCAAGGGAUGCGCAGAAAAACAAGAUGCUGCCAUCAGUGAAGGACAACAGCGGCAGCCACGGCUCACCCAUUAGUGGCAAGCUGGAAGGCAUCUUCUUCAGCUGUAACACCGAGUUCAAUACAGGUGCUCCGCCACAGGACUCACCGUACGGCCGAUACCGCUUCCAGGUGCCAGCCAAGGCUCUCUUCAACCACGACACCAACCUGUACUUUGCUGAUUUCUACUGCAUGUACACGGCAUACCACUAUGUGAUCGUAGUGCUGGCACCACGUGGCUCGCCAGGCGAUGAAUUCUGCAAGCAAAGGCUCCCCUUGCUGGAUAUCGCCAACAACCGGUUUCUGACGUGUUCUGAGGAUGAAGAGGGGCACCUUUCUUUCCACCAUGCGCAGGACAUCAUCCUUGAGGUGAUUUAUACAGACCCGGUGGACUUGAGCCUGGGCACGGUGGCUGAGAUCAGUGGGCACCAGCUCAUGAGCUUGUCUACUAUCAACGCCAAGAAGGACCCCAGCUGCAAGACCUGUAACAUCAGCGUUGGCCGCUAAAUCCAUGUUCAAGCGCCCCUUGUUGUUCUGUUCUGUUCUCCUGUUUUCUUUCCUUGAGGUCUUUUCUUUAACUCUCCUUUAAUAACCCUUUAGGAGUCUCAAGGCUCCUCAGCAGCAUGUGUCUCUCAGCCUUUAAGCAAACACUCAUCUCUUAUUGAGUUCGACUAUACUGUAGCCCUAUUUUUCUAUCUAUGUCCGGAGGCGUCAUUCGGACUACCCUUGUGUCUGUCAAAAAAGUGACAUUUUCUCCUUUAAUCCUUAUUGGCUGUGAAACUUUAAACCGUGUUUUAGAGUUACAAUGUCAUAUUUUGCCAAAGGUGACAACAUAAAGUAGCAUACUGGUCAAGCUGAUAAUGUAGCUGGAUAUACUGUAUAACAUGGCUUUAUAUAUAUAAGUGUGUAUUAAUAUUACACAGUGUUCAGAUCAUUCUAACGAGCACAGUAGACAUCACUGCAGCAUGAUUCUGAAAUUGAAAAAACGAUGACAUCAGCACUUCUUUGACAGCUGCUCUGCAGUGUUUCAUGUUAUUUAUUCAAAUCGAAAAACCUAUUAUACCGUGUUUGACACAUAAUAAACAUGCCAAGUAGUAGAAAUAGAAAAAUAUUUAUUUUUCAACCAGUGUUUAGAAAACGGGACGGAACCAGAAGUGCACAAUACCGAGGACUUUGUGACCAGAAAUGGAGGCACACUCUAGCGCAGAAAGAGUUUCUCGAAAUCAAAUUUGCACAAAUCUACUGCAAAAACCAAUGCAAAAUUAACAUGCACUAAAAGCGUUCAUUCAAACAGCAAAAUAUAGUCAUCGUGUCUGUGUACGUCAAUUUCAGUCUGGAACACAGCAAACACAGCAUGACACCAAACAAACCACAAUUGAUUGUAGAAGAUCUCAACAAUUCGAAGUCGGCUGGCAUGCAAGACACAAAACAUGAUUGGAAUAAGUCGUUGCGGUUAAAACGGCAAAACAAGGUUGGUAACAUCUGUAUUGAUUGUUGAACAGAAAUUCAAGGCUUUUUUCUUUUCUUUUUCUUUUCCUUUUGAGUGUGUUACACUUUCAGACUUUCAUUAAAAAGGACCAUUGUGCUUCAUGGUAGAGCAUAGAUCAGUUUCUUAUAUAUCUUUAAAAAAAAUAAAAUAAAUCUUUGUCAUUGUCA